UUGAUUUACUUUGCUCCACCUAGUUACAUCUCUACAUAUCUUUCUAGUUUGUGAAUUUGAUCAUAACUGACUUCCCUUAUUAGUUUUAUUCUUUAAAAUCGCAUUGUCCAUUCUAGGAAGACAAAUGCAAGUGCAAGAUUAAUUAAUGUCUUUAACAAGAAUGGAGAUUAGAUUAUUAGAUUCAUGGCUCUCCAUAUCUAGCAUUUGUAUCCACUUUUCAUAUUAAUUGCAUUAGUUCCUUCAGGAUCCUAACAGUUUUUGAUAUAUACUGCCACUAAGCUGAGUCGUAAUAGGUAAUUGCAUGUUGGGAAUUGCUUGUGUCAGAAUAAAAAAUUUUCUUAAGGGUUUUAAGAAUCUAUAUGUAUCUUGGCUUUAAUGAGGAAGAUGAAAACUCAUCUUGCAUGCACACCCCACAUGAAAUCUGUCAGAGACUACUUUGGGCGUUUGGAGAGGAUGAUGCAUGUUGGAGGAAUGGAAAAUGGGAAGAUUUCUUCCAAGCUUGGAACUGUGACAGCAGAGCUAGAAGAGACAAAACAGAGCCUUGAAAAAGCUAAAGAAGAAAGUAUGAUAAUGGCAAAUUGUCUUUCUUCUCUUAAGGAAGAGCUUGAAAGAACAAAGCGAGAACUCAAACAAUUGAAGGUACAUGAAGCAGAAAUGGAGCCUGAAAUUGAACAUGUGAAGGUUGUUGAAGAUUCAACAAAGUUUGAAGUGAAAAUUCAAUCUAAAGAAGAAGAAGAAGAAGAAGAAGGGAUUGACUUCCAAAAGAAGAGAUAUGUAACUUUCGCAAAUCCUCCUUCCCUAGCCCAUGUCAUAAUUCCAGCGCUUGAGAGACACCCUUCUCUUAGAAAGAAGAACAAGAAAAAGGCAUUGAUCCCUUUAAUAGGAGGGAUUUUCUCCAAGAAAAAAGCAAGCCAAAAACUCACUUCACCAUGAAUUCCAUCACAUCUUCAAGAUCCAACAAUGGAAUUAAUCUACGGAUAUGACAUAUAGCUCCUUUUUUUUUUCCUUACUUUUUGCCAGUUCUUUGUGUAAUUCUACCAAAACUGGGCUUGGAAUAUUGAGAUACUGUUGUAAUUGGGAUAAUGUUGCACUGUGAAGAAAUUAUGUAAUAAGAUAAAAUCAGAUUGGUUCCACAUUCGACUAUUGUGGGCCAGUGUCAUCA